AUGCCACAUAUAGCGGCGCUCGCAGGCAGCGUGAUCCCAGUAACGGAGACGGAGAUGGAGAUCCACUCCGGUGCGCCAUGCACCAAGAGGGCGAAGCUCGCACCACCGGUGACGCUAUCCUCUCGUGGCUUGGUGGUAGCGGCUGAAAGCGGCGAGGACCGCAUCAGCGACCUCCUGGACGCCAUCCUCGGUGAGGUCAUCUCCCGUCUCUCCACUAGGGAGGGCAUCCGCACUCAGAUUCUCGCACGUCAUUGGCGUCCUGUUUGGCCGAACGCUCCUCUGAAUCUUGACUGCCGUGAGAUCCAUGUCGCUCGUCUUUUUAACGCCCUAGAAACAGUUCAUGUCGAGAUCAUCAGUAGGGUCUCUGCCUACAACGAGGAGCUUGCUCAUAUACAAUACAUCGGAACUUGGAAUCAGGGAAAAACAGUUCCUGGUGAUGGUUCUUGCCUUCCAGAGUCCACAUCCUCUCCAGCCAUGUGGGCGCAGUUCUCCGCCUUUAUACCAGACCAUUAUGUAGAGGUACUUGAACUACCACUGGUCAAGAGACUUUCGCUUGUUGAGGUUGAUAUAUCAGAUUUCUCGUUGCAAAGCAUGAUCAACUCUAGUUGCCCUGCACUCGAGUGCCUGCUGCUUUUUUGCAAUAGAGAAAGGCAUCGGAUCACAAUAAAUUCCCCUAACCUUGUAAGCAUCGGCAUCCGUGGUGAGAAAGGAAAAUUCAUCAUCGAGGAUGCCCCCUCACUUCAAAGGUUGAUCCACGAUCUCCAGAGCAAUAACAUGGAGGUAUUCAUCGUCUCUGCACCCAAAUUGGAGACAUUGGGCAAAUUCAGGAUCUCGCUUGACUCCACAGGUCUUAUGGUGUACUGA